AUUCCUUUGGCGGUGCUGAUGCGCUUUUAUGAUGACAAUGUCUCUAUCGCCAUUGAAGAUUAGAAUUUUCCUAUGGUGGAGGAAAUAAUCCCUCGUAGUGAAAAAGUUAGGUCCAAUUUUUCGAAGGCGCUUGAAGGUGAUCCCAAAAUCUUGGAGUCACUGAUGAAAGAGGUUGAACUGGCCGAGCUUAGGGAAAAAUAUAACAUUCAUGCCUACAUUGACCUGGUCCCAGCAGGGGAUGAUAUGGUGCAAAUCCACCGCCCCGGAUAUUGCGCAUUUUAUGUGUAUCCUUUAUAGGUCGGCUAUACUCUUCCCCUUCUCCUGUUGGUGGAGGAAUUGUGCCGCUAUUAUGGUUUGCCCGACCCAACUUUCUUUGUACAUCUACAAGCUUAUCAGGAUGCUCAUAAAAUUGACGGAGCUGGCUGGGGUCAGGGUCACACUCCGCCAUCUGAUGCAUCUAUUCGCCCUUAGCUUUUAUAGGGGGACGAUGUUGUACCUUCGCCAUCGAGGAGGUAAAUGCCUGGUGGUGAAUAUGGACGAUAAAGCAAAUUGUCAGUUCUAGCUCUACUACUUUUAUGUUAGAACCAAAGACAUGGUAGCCAACACAGACGGUUUUCUUGAGACCUGGAAUCACGCUCCCAAGGUUGCGCCUCCUCCUUUGGUCGGGGACAUUUCCGACUAGGUUGGCCGGAUUCUCCCUCAUAUUGUGGGAAUUUGCGAAUGGCUGAGCUUUAUCAAGAAGUUCGAACCUGCUUUUUCUUUGGUCGUUCAAAGAUCUUCGAGGUGGACGAGGGCUCCUCCUCAUGCGUUUUGUAAGAGGAAGGCUACUUCUUCCUCGGAGUCCAUUCCUACUGUGACCGCGACCAGGCCUGCUUGGUUAUCUAUGGUAGGAUUUCUCGGUCAUCUGCCAUACCUACUGCUGCCUCCAUAUAGGCUUCUUCUCCGCCUGUGGAUAUAUUGACAACGAAGCUUUCGACUUCCCCUUUGCAUUAUCUUGUAGACGAGGAAGAACGGUGGAAGUUUGGUUCCUCGUAAGAGAAGAUCGGUGGACGUCAGUGGUGCGGUUGCCCGGGGUGUAGAUUCAAUAAGGGCAAUUUUGCCAUUCGUGAAAUGGCAAGCAUAGAGCUUGAAGGUGACGCCGAGUUAUCAUCCGAGAUUCUACCCUCGACUGAGGCCGUAGAGGAUUUGCCUCUUUUCGAGACCAGGGUGGAAGCUGAAGGGCCGCCUGUGGGGGUCUCUGAUUCUUUACAGCAUGAUAAGCCGUUGGCCUCGCGAUUGGCCGAUGUUCCUUCUUCGUCGGCCCACGAGAGGGGUAAGGGCAUUGCCGAGGAUGGCUAUGAGAAAAGCUUUGACUUUGACGCUGAAGAGGUAAGGAUGAUGGGGGAAGGAUUCACCCAGCUCAAAGUGAGACUGGAGGGGUCCAUGCGGACCAUUGCGGUCCCUAUGGAUCGAGACUUGUUGGUUGAUACGGAAAAUGUGGUUCCUUCACUUGGUCCCCUCUAUUCCGACGUGGAGGGUAAAACCCUUGAAAAGCUGGAUGAUACUACCUUAUCAAUGAGCAUAGUCGGCCUCCCUAUCAAGACUGUGGUUUUGGAGAUUGAAAGCAUUCAAAGAGAGUAAAGGUGUAAGGCUAUCUUUUUGAAAAUGGAGUGGAAAUAUCGCGAGUACCAUGGAAAGUACCGUGAGAUCUGUAGACGGUUCGGUGAGAGCGGUAAUUUCCAGGCUCUCUGAGAUGAAUUGAAGGAGAAGGAUAACGAGCUGGUAAGAGUCAUAAAAAAAUGCAGCAUUCUCAAGGGGGAGCUAAGGGAUAAAAAAGAAGAACUUGAGGUAAGGAGGGGGGUCGAGGCCCAAUGUGGCGAUCUCCAAGCCCAAGUUGUCUUGCUGAGCGCCGAGAUCGAGAAGUGUCAAUCCAAAGUGGACGCUUUUAGUGGCGAGGUCGCUGAGAAGGCAACGGAUAAUGAGAAUGCAGAUUUAGCCCAGUCGGGGCUGUGAGGAAGGCAGAGGAUUGGAGAUCGUGAUCCACAAUCUUCGUUCUGAGCGGGAGAGUGUCUUGAAAACGGCCAGACUAAAAAAGGAGCGGCUUGAUGAAAGGAUAGUGGAACUGGAGAAAUAGGUUUCUAGCCUUUGUGAUCGAUUUACGACUCUUGAGGCUGAGAAGGCACAAUUACUGGCUAAGCCGUCUUCUUCCUGCACUUUUGUUUUUCUUGAUGUUCUACGAGAUUUGUACGAGGAAUGGAUUCAUGUCGAGGCUCAGUUGGAUAUAUUUAUAGAUCUGAUGGGGGCGAGAACUGUUAUAGAGGUCAUUUUCGAAGAUGCUCGUGUUAAGGCACGUAGAGCUCGGGUUAUUUGUGGCUACGAUCCUGCUACAUCGGAGGUUGAUGAUGAUUAGGAGGAUGCUGGCGUGGAUCGGAUCGAAGAGGACGCCUUGUAUAAGAAUGAGUAUCUAGAUGGCGAUGGUGAUGGCAAAGGGGCGGAUAGGGAUGGCCUAGGCGAUCAAGCCGAUGUCGCUGCUGGGCCAGGCAGCGAUUAGUAGUGUUUCCUUUUCUUCUUUUUUGUUUAGC